CUCACGAGGUUAGGCCUGUGAAGCCCGGGUACUCCCAAAAUGUCAUCUCACAUGUAGAGAGCACCGGAGAAGGCAUGUCGUGGAGGUUAGUUCUACCCCCAUAUUAGCUAUGAGUCUACUAACAAGCAAUAAUAACAGCGUCAGUUACAACGCUGCUCUUCAGACGGUCCGUCUCGUUACAUCUCGAAACCCAGUUCAUGACACCCCCCAGGCGUGGAUUCAACAGUGGCUGGAGGAUAUGAUGGCCACGGAUUCUCUGGCCUUGUCUGAUAGGGCACACUUGAAAUUAGACGUGGGAACGACAUUCACCAAAUUUAGUGGCAAGUAUGCCGCUUCGUACAAAAAGUCAGAUUUCUGCAUCACGCCGGUGUGGAUGGACUUUCCAACAGUCGUUAUAGAAAAUGGAUGGAGCGAGUCAAGGGACCAGCUUCAUGAUGACCGAGAUAUGUGGCUGAAGGGAGGUCAUGGUCUCACCCAGAUUGUGAUAGUCCUCAAGUGGAGCGAAAACGACGACAAGGAGGUCCACGGCGAUGUGGAGAUAUUCGAGCUGGACAGAAAUGGAGUUGUUAGAUCAACCCAGAAAGAGACUGUCUUUCCAGCACCAGCUUGCCCUGAGGUAGCAGCCUCGCAGUACCUGACAAUCACAAAGGGCCAACUGUGGGGGCCUGUCGCCACUACACAAGAAAAGGACCAGUCUUUGAAACUAAAUAUCGACUAUUUGAGAGCGAUAACGACAAGAAAAAUCGAAGCCUAUGGUUUGACGCCAGCCAAGUAAGGCUUACUUCAACAAGUGCAUUUUCAAGAUGAUGACUAUCAGUGGAGACUUUGUACUGAAGAACUCGUGCUAUCAAAUAUCAACAAUAGCCGAGGCUAUCGCUGACUUCAGAUAUCAGAAUGUAUACAACUAUUUCUUGCUAUAACUAAGAAUGUUACAAUUUCAUACGCUUUUUAUGCAUGCAGCAUCGUACUAUCCCAGUGAUUUCAAUUCGUAAAUCAAUACAAAUCCACCGCAUGAACCUGCCGCGCAUCGAUCCUAUAAAGUAUGAGGAAUGCCCUAGUUUAUAAUAGCGAGCCACUCACACGUUAUCAUUAUCCUCACCGCAUGCAUGAUGUAGGCUUGCUCUAGCUCAUACGAUAGGCUAGCUUUGCAAAUAUAUAUCUAUUUAAUAAUUACGCG